AUGAUUUCUAGUGAAGAAAAUAUUAUUUCUUUGUGUGAUCCAGACGAUGUAAUUCCCGUCCCAAUUUCGGAUUACGCCAAAAAGCUGGAUAUAAAAGUCAGAGAGCGUUAUCUGCAGAAAAUCUCAACUAUUGGAAUCGAUCCUGUUUUGAUAGAGGGGAAAAGCUUCGAGCCAGACUGCCUUCCACCAGUAGAAUCUACUGAUCUUCUUUGUUAUUUGGUUCUCGAAACUAGCUUCUACACGCAAAAGCAAUUUAAGUCUUUCCGAAGUCUCGAGGCUUAUAAUCAAAUGGUUUCGGGUUUCGUUUCGGACGUACAAGGACAUAUCAUCUCAAACAAGUUCGUGGUUUUAGCGAAAGUGCGGCACUCCCAGCGCAUGAAUGAGGCC